ACCCAACAAUCUUUUGUCCAUACGUCAAGUCCAUUCCUUUGCACCUGUCAAUCUCUUAUCAGUAGUUUCUCACCAAUCACGAUACAGGAAAGUUCUUAGGUACAAGACGCGUUGUUUGUUGUUUGCUGAUCGGAAGUGACUCUCCCGACGAUCGAAUAAGCGUUCCGCCAGCCCCGCUUUACUGUUAUCUUUCCUUCAAGGCUUCCACUACACAAUCUUGCAAGCAUUUAGACGGCUGAACAUAUCGGCAAGUACGCAUCAGUGGCUGGUAGGCUAUGGAUGAACAUUUGUCACAAGGUGUUAAAAGUCAUGGCAGAUGAACAAGUGCCGCUGUGGGUCUGCACCAGACCUGCCAGUAUGAAUAACCGAGUGCCCCCGGCAAUUCAGUGUAUGCCGAACAUGUAGCAUCGGCAACCGAUCGCGAUCUAAUUACUUGAAAGCGUUGUGUCUUUACCAAAGAUGUCGGUUUUCUCGCUAGAUACCAGCCAUGACAACCCUGUCACGACAGAAACUCUCGAGGCGCUAUGCUCUCAGCUUGGGGUCAGCAUCGAUGAGAAAGAGAAACAGGACUAUCGACGCUUACUUGCCGCAUUUCACGAUGCAAGUGAGCAACUAAUGGCUAUGGACGACUAUGUCCCCCUAGUCGAUGAAGAACGCUUUGCCAGAGAAGACGUUCAUUUCCCGCAAGCAUCUGAGAACUCUCAUGGUGCAUGGGCGUGGAAGUGCAGAAUCGUUGACAAGGAAGCUAAGAGCAACGGUAAACUUUACGGCAAAACAUUCGCUUUGAAGGACAACAUUGCUGUUAAGGGCGUACCGAUGCUACUGGGUACGAACUUCGUCAAAGGCUAUGUCCCGAAUGUUGAUGCAACUGUCACGACACGAAUCCUAGCAGCUGGUGGUAAAAUCCUCGGAAAAGCAGUCUGUGAAAACUUGUGCCAUUCUGCAACAAGCCACUCUUCGAGUACUGGAGUGGUGGAAAACCCUCUCGCAAAAGGCUAUAGCGCUGGCGGAAGCUCGAGCGGCUCGGCUGUUCUUGUGGCAUUGGGCGAGGUCGAUGGGGCAAUUGGCGCAGAUCAGGGUGGUAGUAUCCGUGUGCCAGCCGCCAACUGUGGUAUUGUUGGGCUAAAGCCUACCUUUGGCCUUGUGCCAUAUACCGGAUGUGGGAGCAACGAGCCCACUAAUGAUCACAUUGGUCCAAUGACACUGACAGUAUUGGAGAACGCUAUACUUCUCGAAGCUAUCGCCGGAACGGACAACAUUGACGAUCGUUCUUUCGCUGCACCUCACCCAUCCAAGAUACCUAUCUACAGUUCCAUCAGCAAUACUCCGAUGCACAGACCCUUGGAAGGCAAGAAAUUCGCCAUAAUUACUGAGUCACUCUCUACACCAGCUCUUGAUCCACGAGUGGUCCAAGUCUUUCGCACCGCAGUCACCAAGUACGAAGACCUUGGUGCCACAAUCACCGAGAUCUCGAUACCACUGCACUCGAAAGGAGCAGCGAUAUGGAAUGGCAUAUCGAAAAUUGGUGGAUUUCUCGGGAAAACCACAGGCUCGUUCGGGCGUCGCGGACACCAGAUGCUCGAGCUGAACUCAUUGCUGCAUCCCAUGGGCCAGAAAAACUGGAACGAAGCGUAUGCAUCUACGAAGAACAUCUACCUUAACGGUCUGUACGCCACACAAAGGUUUCCCAAUCUCCUCGCGAAAGCAACGAAUCUAUCAAGGCAGCUUCGUGAUGCCUAUGAUGCGGCUCUGGAACAGUACGAUAUAUUGCUGACACCUACACUACCGUAUGUAGCAACGAGUCAUGCGAGCCCUGAUGCAACACCACUCGAACAGAUUAGAAAGCAGAUUGGCUUGACUUCAAAUACGGCGCCGUUCAAUCAGAGUGGGCAUCCAGUGAUGGCGAUGCCUAUUGGUAUGUUGCCAGUCAUGGAAGGCCCCGGAGUGGAAAAGGGAGUUGUUUUACCGGUGAGCAUGCAAGUUAUUGGAAAAUGGUGGGACGAACUGAGUGUUUAUGAAGCGGCGUUCGCGUGGGAGAGGGCAAACAGUUGGAGGAGUAUGUGACGAACGAAGUUUUAUGUAAGACCAGAACGUUGCUCGCG